GUCGUGAUCACAGCGUUAGUACUCUCGUCUCACUAAACACCAGCCAGCAAGCCGCCAGAUGUCUGAAACGAUUGUCGAGACGAUUCCCAACGAAACCGACGAUGUCCCCAGUUGGUUAACGGUGGUGUAUGUGGAGAAAAUCUUACGGCGUGCCUAUGGCGAUCCAUCGGUAAAGGUGGAGCAGCUACAGACGGGUUAUGCCGUCCCUAAGGGCGAUAACUUUGCUAGCAUCAUCUACCGUAUCCGCGUGACGUACCAUUCGAAGCACGAGAAUGAAACCAUUCGAACGUUCAUUGUGAAGGGAAUGAUUACGGAGGGAAUCGCCGGUGAAAAGCUGCGCCAGUACGAUGUGCAGCGUAAGGAGAUGGACGUGUAUCAGUACGUGAUACCGGAGCUGAAACGCAUGAUGUGUGCGAUCGGAGACCGGGGCAUGCUGUACCCGUGCGCGCUGGCCGUCGACCGGAAGCGAGAGGCGAUCUUCUUUAAGGAUCUCUCUCCCGCUGGCUACAUUAUGGCUGAUCGGACCAAGGGUAUGGAUAUGGUGCACAUGAAGCUAGCGAUGAAACUGUUGGCCAAGCUGCACGCUGGUUCGAUCAAGCUACACGAACGCGAUGCAACCAUCUUUGGUCCGUACACGACGGGCAUGGUCACCCGGCAGACCGAUGCCUUCCAUCCGAUGUUUACCCUGAUCUUUGACGCUCUGACCGAUGAGGUGCGCCGCUGGGGACCGGAAUGGCAGCAGUACCACCGGAAGCUACAGAACAUGCGCCCAAACUUUGUGGAGUACUGUCUGCGAGUGUUUGAUAACGAUCCGCACAGUGAUGAUCUUUGUGUGUUCGUGCAUGGCGAUCUGUGGGUUAACAAUCUGCUGUUCAAGUACGACUCGAGCGGUACGCCCGUUGAUGCGGUGAUGCUGGACUUCCAGUACUGCUGCUACGGUACGCCGAUGAUUGACUUUUGCUACCUGUUCUACACUUCGGCACGCGGCAACAUCCGCCAGACGUGCUUCGACGAGAUGUUGCAGUUUUACCACGGAGAGCUCGUUGAUUGUGCACGCCGGCUGCAGUGUCAACGGAAGCUACCGACGCUCUAUCAGUUCCAGCAGCAGACGCUUCGCAAACUAUUUCACGCCGUUUACGCUUCCUUCAUUACGCUUCCAGUGCAGAUGAACGAGAACACGGAGAAUGCCGAUUUCGAAGCAUUGAUGGGUGAUGACGACCGCGCGAAACGCUACAAGCGAACCGUCGUUUCGAAUGUUAAGUAUGGAGCCAUUCUGCGUGGACUGCUGCCCCAGUUCGAUCGGAAAGGGUUGCUGGAUGAGCUGUACUAGUGUUCCUGUUUGUGUGAAAUAUAACGUACGCUCCAUAUCACUGGAACUCCGAUUAACAGGGUGAGUCUUGCCGGUCGAAUCAUUGGCUGAGUCAGCAAAUUUUUCGAACAUCGCACGGUGAGGGCGCUCUAGUGAUUAACGAUGACAAACUCGCAUCGCACCCGAAACUUAGCCAGGGGGUUACGGAAGAUUUUGAUAAGACCGUGUAACCAAAAACGA